UUUGAAUUUGACCUGACAAGUGGUGCAGGUGAUGAAGGCAGAUUAUGAUGACGUCAUAAUCUUUUUGCUCUCUGAACUUUGUGAUUGAGCCCCCCCACUCCCCCUCCCCGCUCAGCAGCGUGCUCUGUUUGUUUCAGGGCGUGAACUUGGCGGCGGUGAGGAGGAUGUACCUCGCCCUUGUUCUCUUCUCGUUGCUGAAGGAAACGGACGUCUGGAGCGUCUCCGAGCGUUUCCAGCUGAGCCGUGGCUUCGUGCAGACGCUGCUUGGCUCCGCCUCUGCCUUCUGCUCCUGUGUGCUGCACUUUGCUGAGGAGCUCGAGGAGUUCUGGCCGUUCAGAGCGCUGCUCGCCGAGCUGACGCGGCGCCUCAGUUACUGCGUGAAGGCGGAGCUUAUCCCUCUGAUGGAGGUGGCCGGAGUCCUGGAGGUGAGACACCUCCUUCACCUGCUUUCUUCUUCUUCUUUUUCUUUUUCUCCUCCUGCAUCCUUUUCUUACUGUGUGCUCGUGUGACAUCAUUGAAACACGUUAAGAGUGAUGAGUUUCCGCACCGUCACAGUUCAGGGUGAUGACAUCAUCAGCCUGUUGUCUGCUUGGAGGGUUUACAAAAAAAAAACGUAUUCUGUUAUUUUGUGACAUUUUUCUUCUCUCUGCUCAGCGCACGUCAACGCAUCAGCACUCGCAUCCUCUGCUGUCACUCGAUUCUACUUCCUGCCCAAGUGCACAUUAGAGCUCCAGUACACUCCCAUGUCUAUGUAAUAAACACGUGCGUUUGUGGACCAUUUCAGCAGUUACUGAUCACAUGAACACCAUCUUCCACCUCAGCUCAGGUUUUAAUUUGUAAAAGGGUUAUUACAG